UUCCAGGAAAAACACAAGUUGUUUUCUUCCUCCUUUGGUGGAAAAACCCUUGGUUGGGGCUUGUAGAACAUUUCAACAGUAGCAAAAAUAUUAAUGCCUACUUGUCUUUAAUGGUGAAGUGAACAAAGAAAAUGGCUUCCCAGUAUCCUCCAAGUCUCCAAAUUCGUCUGCCUGUCCUCAUACUCUUUUUGGAAACUACUUUCAUCCUGAUAUUUUGCUUCUGUUUUUCCUAUGACCGUGACCCUCAGAAUCUUCAAAAAGACCUUACUGUCUACCCAGCAUUUCAAGAUGUCAAUGUCAUGGUGAUUCUUGGCUUCUCCUUCCUCCUGGUCUUUCUGAAGAGGUAUGGCUUCAGCAGCACUGGAUUCAGCCUCUGUCUUGCUGCCCUUGGAGUGCAGUGGGCUGUGAUUGUGAAUGGACUCCUCUUCCAUUUCUCAGAUGGGGCAGUGAAGAUAAACCUACAAAGCAUCCUGGAAGCCCUCAUGACUGUAACCACGGUCCUGAUUUCAGCUGGGGCAAUUCUUGGCAAAGUCAACCUGAUGCAGUUGAUCUGGAUGGCCAUGGUAGAAGUGACAGUCUUUGCUGUGAACAGAUGGGUGGCUGUGGAUAUCCUGCAGGUUAAAAGCCAUGUGAGCUUGAUGCAUGUACAUUUAUUUGGGGCCUACUUUGGCAUUAUGGUCUCUUGGAAGCUCUACCAUUCCUCUCUGAACUCAAGAGUUGAGAAGGAACGAUCAAAGCCAAUUUCGGAUAUUUUUACAAUGCUAGGUACUCUUUUCCUCUGGACGUUCUGGCCCAGCUUCAAUUCUGUGUUGAUAACAGAUGCAAAGGAGAAAUGGGUUGCUGUGUACAAUACCUAUUUUGCAGUUGCUGCAAGUGCCAUUAUUGCCUCUUCACUCUCCGUGGCUACCAACAGAAACGGAAAGCUCAGCAUGGCUCACAUCCAGAAUGCUACAUUGGCAGGUGGGGUUGCUCUUGGUUUCUCAGCUUCCAUCAUCCAGUACCCUUGGAUUGCAAUGACUUUGGGUCUGACAGCUGGAGCAUUCUCUGUGCUUGGGUUUGCCAUUCUAAAGGAACGCCUAGAUCCAGCACUGAGGAUUCAUGAUACCUGUGGAGUUCAUUACACAUUUGGUUUGCCCAGUUUUCUUGGAGGAAUUGUCUACAUUAUUCUGAUUAUAAUGAACAGUUUGGAGAACCUAACAGUAUUGGGUUAUGAAGCUUUGAUUGAAAGUGGUGCGCUCAGUCUGAGCAUGGCCCUCGGUAUGAUUGGCGGUCUCAUUACAGGCGGCUUGUUAACCUGCAAGUUCUGGAAAGCACCUCCUAUAACCAAAUACUUUGAUGAUCAAGCUUAUUGGGAGUUCCCACAUUUAGCUGUUGGAUAUUGAAUACAGUACAGCCAUCAAGUUUAAAGGAAGCUAGGCAGCAUUAUUUUCUAUUUGCUGUCACCAGAAUGUGUAAAGUGAGACUUUGUAUCUGUUUGCUUAAAGCUGCCCCAAAUUCUUAGUUUAUCUUUCUGCAAGAAAGAAUUGCUUGCAAGGCUAAAUGAAUAACAUUGCUGCUUCUUUUUAAGAAUAUUUGUGAUCCACAUUCUUUUAUGUAAUAUAUAC